CCCUGAUCCACAUCUUACACUCUACUCUCAUGAGCCCCACUCCUUUCAUUUCUGUGUCUUUUCUCCUCUUGCUCUUGUUAGUGACACUGGAUAGUGGACACAUUCGAUUGUCAACUUGUCAUGGAAGGGGAUAUGGGCACAUAUGUCAUGCCUCUCAUACCAAAGACUAUAGAUUGCUCCUCCUCUCCAUCUUUCUCUCUGUAAGGGCCAUGAAACAUCAAGGACAUGAUCGGUCUGAGAAAGCCUUCGGUCCCGAGCUAGACUGUCGACGGCUUGGUGUCCUGGCAGUUCUUCAUAGCCAGACGCACCCAGAACAGGGUCUCCUGGCUAGGAAACUUACAUCCAUGGCCCUGGGUCCUCUGGCGAAGCUUUGAGGCGAAAGCCUCCGUCUGUGGUUCUGGUCCUGGCCCCCAAAUCGAAGAGACACUGGCAACUGGCAACUGGCAGCGAACUGGUGGUGGCGAGCACAUCGUGCUUCAAAGGAAUAUGGUACAGGACAGGAGGACUCUGUACGUAGGUAGUCUGCAGACUGUCAACAAUCGACUCUCACACCCCAGAGUCAAACCGUCGUCCCAGGAGUAUGGUUCUAUCACGCUAUGCCAGCCCGGUGCCCGCCUACUCUGGCAGGCCUGGCAAGCCGCAAGCCUGGGGGGGGUAGAUGCCGCCAGUCCGCCCGCCACAAGCCAUUGCGGCACGGGCAAAACCGUUAAUCUUGCCAUACACCAACACCACCAAGGCCAUCACGCAGUCUCGCGCCGUCGUCGCCCUAGCCCAGUAGAGGCCAGACUAGACUUGGCCGACGUCGCAAACCUCCCAGGCGUGGCCGUGGUCUGUGUAACUGUGUUGAGCACUUGCUUGGCCCCUUGGGGACAGAAGACAAGGCCCACGGGUCGGUGCUUGGCUCGAGUCUUCAGAUCGCUAGCAUCCUCCCGC